CUCGUAAAUCCAUAAUGGCCGACUUCGAUUGGCCUUGGCAAUAUAAAUUUCCACCUUUCUUCACAAUCCAGCCUAAUCUAGAAACGAGAAAGAAACAAAUUGAAGCCUGGUGCACUUUGAUACUGGAUUACCAGAAAUAUUUAAAAAGUUAUAGUCUAGAUGUGAAAGAAGCACAAAAUUCACCUUUAUUUUACAAUAAAUCUAUAAGUCGACGGUUACAUGAAGAUGGGAUUUAUACAAUAUUAGGAGAGCUUCAGAAGAAAGGUCAUAUAGAAUGGAAAGAUAAAGGUAGAAAAGAAUGUUUAAUAAUGUGGAGAACUCCAGAAGAAUGGGGCAAACUUAUUUAUAAUUGGGCUGACAGUAAAGGAUUAUUAAAUACAGUAUGUACUAUGUAUGAAAUUUCAAAUGGUGAUGAUUCUGCAGAUACAGAUUUUCAUGGUAUAGAAAGUUGGUUAUUAUUACGUGCACUAAAAUCAUUACAAUUAGAAGGUAAAUGUGAAGUCAUGGCUGGAAAUGAAGGGGUUAAAUUCUUUUAGAAAAUAUCAUUGUAAAAAUCAUUCCACUAGUAGUUAAAGUGCUAUAUCUUAUCAUUGGCAAUAUUUCAGCUAAAAUUUCAUUGUUUAUGUUUAGUCUGUAUAUUCUACAUUACUGAUUUUUACCUUUGAACUUGAUGUUAAACGCUGCUUCAAAGGAAUCUCAGAUAUAUCACUUAAUUGCGUAACUGCUAAUAUUGCAUAAAAGGGUUAAUUAGGUAAAAGAAUUUAUUUGGAACCCAAAUGCGUAAAUUACAGAUGGCAAAGCCUAGCCGACCUCUUUUGUAGUAGAAGACCACUGGGAACAUUAUAUUCAACUUCAUUUAAUAGGAUCAACUAAUGUAGUUUUGUUCUGUUUUGUCAAGUCUUAUUUAUGUGUACAUAAUAUUUCAGCCUAAUUGUAUUAUUUUUAUUUAUAGAAUAAAGUACUUUGUAUCAAAUCAU